AUGCGCUUCGGCAUCCUAGUCUUUCCGGGCACCUGGAGCGAAACCGAUUGCCAUCACGCCGUGAACGGCGUAUUGGGCCAGGAAGCCGAUUACAUCUGGCAUCAGGAUGAUGAUCUGACCGGCUACGACGCGAUUAUCGUGCCGGGCGGUUUUUCUUACGGAGAUUACCUGCGUGCCGGAGCAAUCGCGCGAUUUUCGCCGGUGAUGGGUGCGGUCAUAAAAUUUGCCGCAGCCGGCGGCCUGGUAAUUGGCAUCUGCAACGGGUUCCAGAUACUCUGCGAGGCCGGAUUGUUGCCGGGCGCAUUGCGUCGCAACGAACAUCUGCAAUAUCGAUGCCAAUGGACUCGCCUCCGGACGGAGCGUACCGAUACACCGUUCAGCCGACGUUGCGCGCCCGAGCAAGUGCUGGAAGUGCCGGUUUCCCACGGGGAGGGCAGCUACUUUGCCGAUGCCAGGACUCUCCAGGAACUGGAGGAGCAGCGCCGCAUCCUGUUUCGCUAUUGCGAUGCUGACGGCGUGGCAACGGCCGAAGCCAAUCCGAACGGUUCGGUCGCCAACAUCGCCGGCAUCCUGAACGAGCGGGGAAAUGUGCUGGGGGAUGAUGCCUCACCCUGA